CGUAUAGGUAUAUCGUGUAUCUUAACGCCGGUGUUGCCCGACGACGUUAUUGGCAUUCGGCUGUCCGCCCGUCGGCGUCGAAUGUCGAUAGUUCAGUAUGCGCCGGGCAGUUGUUUGGUGUGUUCGUCUAGUACGCGCUCAGUCGAGUUUCAGCGGUGCACACGAUCGCACUGCCGAAUAGGAUUUUCGUCACCUACGCCUGUGGUUCAAACAACAUGAAGCAGAAAUUGGACGUGGUGUCAGACAACCGUUGUUUCGACGGACAACAAAAAGUCUACGAACACGAUAGUGCUGUGUUAAAUUUUCGUAUGAGAUUUGCCGUUUACGUACCAGACAAUUUGGAAGGACCUGCUCCAGUCUUAUAUCAAUUGAGUGGUAUGUCAUGCUCUGAACAAAGUUUUAUACAGAAGACAGGGUUUCAACGAUGGGCAUCACAUUAUGGAAUUAUCGUAGUAUCUCCAGAUGUUUGCCCAAGGGUUACUUUUGGUGUUGAAAAGAAUGAAAUUGAAGCUAAAGGCUUGUCAUUUUAUGUAAAUGCUGUAAAAAAGCCUUGGAACAGGAAUUACCAAAUGUAUUCAUAUGUGAAUGAAGAGCUACCUAGUAUUAUUCAGGAGAAUUUUAAUGUCAACAAAGACAGGCAAUCAAUCAUGGGUCAUAGUAUGGGAGGUCACGGUGCACUAAUAAGCGCACUUAAAAAUCCUGGCAAGUACCGUUCAGUAUCAGCUUUUGCUCCAGUUUGUAAUCCAUCUAAAUCUCCUGAUAUACAAUUGAUAUUAAAGUGUUAUUUUGGAGAUGAUAUGAAAACUAUGGAGGAAUGGGAUGCUACCUGCUUAGUAACUAAUUAUAAAGGACCCGAGUUAAAUAUCCUCAUACAUCAAGGAAAAAAUGAUCAAUACAAAGAGCAAUUAAAAUUGGACAAUUUUGCAAGCGCCUGUGAAAAGGCUGGGAUUGCCGUUUCCAUAAAUGAAGAAGAUAGAUAUGAUCAUGGAUUUUAUUUCAUUUCAAGUUUUAUGGAACAGCAUUUUCAUCACCAUUCUAAAUUUUUGUGUGAUUCUCAGUAAUUUAUUAAAUUUGUUGUAUUUUUAAAUAGUAUUAUACCUGUAUUAUGAGUGGUGUGUCAAGACGUAUAUUAUCUAAAUAACCUUACCAAAACUUUAUUUUAAUUGCAUAGUUAAAAAAUAUAUGGACAAAUGGUUUAUAAUUUAUAAUAAACAAUACCUAAAUGUAA